AACUUGUUGCUAUCAUUGUAACUUGUAAACAGGCCGAUUCUCAUUUCUCUGACGCGUCUUUCUCAGUGGAGUCUGAACUGAUAAUCGAGAUGGGGAGGAUAUUCGUGGUAGAUCUGGAAGGCAGAACAUAUAGGUGCAAAUUUUGCAAAACCCACCUGGCCCUUGCUGAUGAUCUUGUCUCAAGGGCAUUUCAUUGUCGUAGAGGAAAAGCAUACCUCUUCAAUAAAGCUGUGAAUAUAACAAUCGGACCCCAUGAGGAGAGAUUGAUGCUCUCUGGAAUGCACACGGUUGCUGAUAUAUUUUGCUGCUGCUGUGGCCAAAUAGUUGGAUGGAAAUAUGAAGCUGCACAUGAGAAAAGUCAGAAAUACAAGGAGGGAAAAUUUGUACUUGAAAGAGGAAGGAUUGUGGAUGGUUUGGAUUCGGAAUUUUUCAUCGACACUCGCCCAAGCAUGAGUGAUGAUGCUGAAGAUUCAUAGAUAGCGCCCGUAGCGGUUUGAGAUGGUGUACAUUCCAGACGGAGUUAAUGUUGUGAAGCGUGAUCUUGUCUUGCUUUGUCUGCUUGUAGUCUGUGGGGAAAAAUAUUUAAUGUAAAAGCUCUUGUUUCAAAUAUGACCUUUCCUUCUUGAAUCGUAAUGAUCAUGUUCGCUCCUUUAAUGGGUUGGUUACAAGAGCUCCCAAUGCAAAAGAUCAUGUUCAAAUAUGACCUUUUCUUGCUUGUAAAGUUGUAAUUGCAGAAGUUGACUUGCUUUAAGCAUUAACCAAAAAGUAAUUAUCCUCCCUCCGAAUUACAAUAAGCAUAACAACUAUUAUGGAACAAAUAUAACAAUCAUUAUGGACCUACGAGGAUUUUUUUUUUUUUUUGCAAUAAUAU